GUCGACAAGGACAAUAGGACCAUGGCGUGCCUGCAGGCAUUUCAGAUUGCGGUGUGCGUAUUGAUUGUCGCCCUUGGCACUCCACAAGUUCACAGGGUGACUGCAGAGACCACAGUGACGGGUGUCCUGACGCUGGUGCGAUUCCACGCCACAUUCGACGACACCGCCACCUACCCAACCAAUGGAGGGGAUGAUAAUUGGAUCAACCCGACAGUCGCACUCCUCGUCGGCGAGCAGCCCGCUGACCGCCACAGACUCAACCAAGCAGUCGACGAAUCUUCCCCAUGGCAGGUCGAAGAGCCAUGGGAAAACCCUAUCCACUGGCCACGUGCAUGGGAAUACUUGGGGGGUGAUCCUGUUGUGACACUCGACGCCGAUCAAGCGGUCACCAUCCAGUUUGGCACGUGGCGGUUUCCGCCCAGCACGACGUCUCUCAUCCCUUACGUCGAGGACACGUUCUCCCCACUCAACUGCACCUUCAACCAGGCCAACAUCACCUUCAGCUGCACCGCACACGGCAAGCCCAACGAACCAACCGACGCACAGUUCCCGGCCGUCUUCACCUACACCUACACCUACACCUGCGACGCCACCACUAGCUGCGGUGACUACGCCACCUGCAACACGACAUCGGGCCAGUGCGUGUGCGACGAGGGCGCUGCAUCGCCCGCAGGCCACAUGUUUGACUGCCAGCCGCUGUGCCCUGAGGGCGCGUGCGUGGGCGAGAACGCAUACUGCGACCCAAGCGAGUCCGUCAUCGGUGACCCCGCAUGCAAAUGCAACACUACCGUGAACCCAAGGCUGAUAUACGAGAGCGGUGUUGGAUGCGUACAUCAUUGCUCGCUGGGAGGUGAUUAUUGUGCUGACCCUGACACAGAGUGCAUUGGCAGUGCAUGCAAAUGCAAGGAGAACCUGUAUCUCGACAUGGGUACGUGUGUGGCGAAGAAGAGCUGCCCUGCAGGAGAGUUUGCGACGGACCUUGGAGACGCGACCAACGACCGCGAGUGCGACGCAUGUCCUCCUGGGUUCUACUGCCCCGGCAGCGGCGACGACCCUGGCCCAGCCUUUGCGUUUGUGUGCGAGGGACCGCAGUACUUUGGUGCGCGGGAGGGCCAGAGCGAGUGCAACACCACGCAACCAGGCUACUUCAGCACCAGCUCAUCCGAGUUUGUGCGGAUUGACGUGUACACCGCAAGCGCCUCGCCGACGCCGUACGCAGGCACAGCCAGGUUCUCGACCAUCGACCUGUACGUAAAGGAGCAGGAGUGCCCGGCUGGCAUUGUGUGCCAGAACGGCGAGCGGACACCGUGUGUCCCCGGCACGACAUUCCAGGAUGAGCCUGGGCAGACCAUGUGCCAGCCGUGCUCCACGUGUGACCUUGGGUUUGAGGUGGACAACGCGUGCGAAGUGACUCGCGACACCGAGUGCAAGGAAAUCGACGAUUUGCAGCAACACCGUGGGCUCCUUCGAGUGCACUGCAACGAAGGGUUUGAGGGCAACGGCACGGUGUGUGUGAACAUCGACGAGUGUGCUCGUGGCACACACGUGUGCCACCCCAACGCAAUCUGCAUUGACACCAUUGGCAGCUACACGUGCGAGUGCAAGCCCGGGUUUGUUGGGGACGGUGUUGGGGAGUGCGUUGAUGUACCACCGUCUGUGCAGCUGCUGGGUGCGGCGAGCAGCAGCAUUGUGUUUGAGGAUGGGGUGGUGUAUGUUGAUGCGGGCGCGGCUGUGAACGACAGCAAUGUGCCUGUGCCGUACUAUGUGUCUGGGUGGGGUGCGCUGAGGGAGGCGCUGGGGCAGGGGAUGUGUGUGACUGGGUCUCCUGUGCUGGAGUACUUUGUGCGGGACGGGGAGGACACGCGGAAGACGCGCAGCGUGGGUGUUGUGUAUGGGGCGCCUGCUGUGUCGCUUGUGCGCGGGGAGCGUGUGACGGCGCUGCAGCUGGUGCAGGGCGCGACGAGCGAGUGCUACGAAGCGACAGACCCGUCGCGCGUGCGUGUUGUGGAUGCGUUUGGGGAUGAGGUGAGUGUGACGACGUCGUUUACGGCGCAGCCGCAGCCGUUCCUGUGCGACUCGCUCAGCUCCACCACGUCGUUCCGGCAGCGUGUUGACUAUGUGGGGAGCGCGUGUGGCGUGAAUGGCAAGGUUGAGCUUGAGUUUGCGUGGUUUGACACGUGGGCGCCGAAGGUGUGGGUUGGGGCAGGGCCGAGCGAGGUUGCUGUUCAAGUGGACACGGCCAGGACGUUUUCUGGCACUGGGGCGCUGUGCUCUGCGAGCGCGCAUGACUUUGGCACUCCCAACGUCACGGUUGAGAGCACGUGGGGAGCGAGCGGAGCAGUGGACCCGAGCGUGAUUGGGGAGCACCAGCGAUGGUCGUGGGCACGGGACGACGAGGGCCUUGUGUCGCGCAACGUGUCGUGCCGAGUGCGUGUGCUGGACACGAUGGCGCCUGUGCUGCGUGUGCCGAACAUCACGGCUGGCGCGGAGCGGGUGUUGGUUGUUGAACAGUCAGCGACGACGCUUGCGUUUGCGGAUGCGGUGGUUGAGGACGCGCACGACGGCACGCAGGUGGUUGGAGCAACGCCGAGCAGCGUGUCGCUGGGCGCGGUGGGCACGCACGUGGUGCGGUAUGAGGCGACGGACGACAGCGGGAAUGGGGUUGGCGGCGGGGAGGCGCAUGCGGUGCGGGUGGUUGUGCGUGAGCAAGCGAGCGAGGUGGCGGGUCGACGCGAGCCUGAUGUUGUUGUUGGGGAUGAUGACGGCAACGGGGACAGUGUGAGUGUGGAGGAGACGUUCACAGCAAGCCUCAGCCUCAGCAACAGCAACAGCAACAGCGACAGCAAUGCUGGACGCCGGACUGAGGGGGAUGCGUGGGUUGUUGAUGAGGGGCGAGCGUCGUUUGUGCCUGGGACGCAUGUUGAGGUUGAGGUUGGCGGGGAUGACGGAGAGAGCGUGGUGCAGCAUGUGCGGCGCGUGGUGUAUCCGAGCAGCGCUGAGGUGACGAUGAUCUUGUACGAUGAUGGGAUUGGCGGGACGCGGGAGGAGACGGAGACGCUGAUCCGGGCUGCGUUUGACGAUGUUGCGCGGCCGUGCGGGCGGGUGUAUGUGCUUGACAUUGACUUUGUUGGCAAUGUGGUUGAGCUGGUGUGCGUUGACGGGAGCGGGGCCCUCGUGCGCCUCAGCAAGGACGACGUCCCCGCUGCCCAAAGGAACCUGUUUACGGUUGUGCAAACUGGCUCGGACGACAGGCCAGGAACUGGGGGCGGCAGCAGUGGCAACAGCUCUGGAUCGACACACGUGCUGAUUGGAGUGUUUGUGGCGGUGAUUGGGCUUCUGAUUGCCGUGAUCAUUCUGUUGCAUCGUCGACGAAGAUCGAAACAGUCCAACUCUGUGCAGGAGGUCCAAGCGCCAGACAAUGGCAUCGUCGCUACAGGACCAGACCUGCACAUGCACAGGUGGAACCCUGUGUUCUACGACACGGUGGGGGUGGUGCACGGCGACGAUGCUGGUGGUGUUGAGCAGGUGACAGCGCCGCACGUGUAUGAGAGCAUUGAAGACGGCGAUCCGGAAUCAAUUCAGGCAACUUUGCGCGCGCUGGACUUUGAGGAGCCGCCAGCACGACCAGAGCCCGCGCAUCUCAGCAACCGCCAACAACAACAACAACAACAACAGCAGCAGCAGCAGCAGCAGCAGCAACAGCGCGGAGGUGGUGGCAGCACACGAACCCAGAGUGUGAAACUGCGCACGAAGGAUGCGUUGUGGCGAAGGCAAAGGCAAGAGCGGGAGCGGCGAUGCCACAGCGCAGGGGUCACACAUGGUGGCAUGAUUGGUUCAGUGCUGCACGGCGCACCUUCAACACUCAGCGCCGCCACGAUGAGACCGCGCGCACAGACGAGAACAACACCAAGCGAGGCACCAGCAGCACCAACACAAAGCGAGGCAGCUGCAACAGUAUCAGCAGCAGCAGCAGCAGGGCGGACCGUCCACAGAACGCGCGCACCAAAGCGGCUGGCAGCGCGACAGUCGCUUCGUCUGGCGUCGGAUGCAAACCUGAUGGCGGAAUCAAGCUCCGACCCAACGCCUGUUCACACGUGGUCAGUGAACAGCUACGACCACACCACCACGCCCACCUCGGCAGCUCGGCGUGAAGCAAGGCGGGAUGCCAACAGGCGUGCAUCGCAAUACGACAUUGUGGAAGGCGUGACACCGCGCCAGUGAAGGGGGUGGAGAGAUAUUGUUGACCUGGGUGAGAAGAGAACACGUGAUGAAGCUCAAGUGCUAGUGGGCACGGUGCUGAAGUUUAACGAUGAUCGCAGAACAUGGAUUGUCACAGGG